GGUCACGGCGCAGGCGCGCUGAGGAGGGAGGGCUAUGCUAAUGUUGUUGAUAUCCUGGGGCCACCCGAGUUAAAGGGGGGAAAUCCGGGGGCUGCAGCAGCUGCCACCGGUCCGAGCCAAACCGGGGCACCUCUCUAGUCGCCUCAGUCCCGGGGAGAGGUGCCUGCCCCCCGCCCGGGGAGGGGGCGCCGCGGGCUCGGGGAGCACGGACAACCCCUACCCAUGAGGCCCUGAUGGAAAACACAAAGGAUCUGAGUCGCAAGAGUCGUUAGAGGUCACCCACCCAAAGCCGCCGUCCCCUCCGCAGCCUCUGACAAGUGCUCUUCAGGUUCGUACUUAAGGAGCCCUAACUUUCUUCUGAAGAACUGAAAGUCCAUUCAUGUGAACUAUUUUAUUUUAUCAUACAUCCUUCCUGUGUGACAGAACAUUCUUCACGGCCCGAAAGGAGAGGAGACGUGUCCGGGAUGUUCGACGGCUAUGAUAGCUGCAGUGAGGACACGAGUAGCAGCUCUAGCUCUGAAGAGAGUGAAGAAGAAGUCGCUCCUUUACCCUCCAAUCUCCCAAUCAUCAAAAACAAUGGGCAGGUGUACACAUACCCGGAUGGGAAAUCUGGCAUGGCCACCUGCGAGAUGUGUGGGAUGGUUGGCGUGCGAGAUGCCUUUUACUCUAAAACAAAGCGUUUCUGCAGUGUUUCCUGUUCGCGAAGUUACUCGUCCAACUCCAAGAAGGCAAGCAUUCUGGCCAGACUUCAGGUAACGGGUAAGCCUCCAACAAAGAAAGCAAAAGUUCUCCAGAAACAACCUUUAGUUGCUAAACUAGCCGCUUACGCGCAGUAUCAAGCUACCUUGCAAAAUCAAGCAAAGACGAAAGCAGCAGUCUCCAUGGAUGGUUUCAGCUGGGGUAACUACAUCAAUAGCAACAGCUUUCUAGCAGCCCCAGUCACCUGUUUCAAACACGCACCUAUGGGGACCUGCUGGGGUGAUAUCUCAGAAAAUGUGAGAGUAGAAGUCCCCAAUACAGACUGCAGCCUUCCUACCAAAGUCUUCUGGAUUGCUGGGAUCCUAAAGCUAGCAGGUUACAAUGCCCUCUUACGAUAUGAAGGAUUUGAAAACGACUCUGGUCUGGACUUCUGGUGCAAUAUCUGUGGUUCUGAUAUCCAUCCAGUUGGGUGGUGUGCAGCCAGCGGAAAACCCCUUGUCCCUCCUAGAACUAUUCAACAUAAAUAUACAAACUGGAAAGCUUUUCUAGUAAAAAGACUUACUGGUGCCAAAACACUUCCUCCUGACUUCUCACAAAAGGUUUCAGAGAGUAUGCAGUAUCCUUUCAAACCUUGCAUGAGAGUAGAAGUGGUUGACAAGAGACAUCUGUGUCGAACACGCGUGGCAGUGGUGGAAAGUGUCAUUGGAGGGAGAUUGAGGCUGGUGUACGAAGAGAGCGAAGACAGGACAGACGACUUCUGGUGCCACAUGCAUAGCCCCUUAAUCCACCACAUUGGUUGGUCUCGCAGCAUAGGCCAUCGAUUCAAAAGAUCUGAUAUUACAAAGAAACAGGAUGGACAUUUUGAUACACCACCACAUUUAUUUGCUAAGGUAAAAGAAGUAGACCAGAGUGGAGAAUGGUUCAAGGAAGGAAUGAAAUUGGAGGCUAUAGACCCAUUAAAUCUUUCUACAAUAUGUGUUGCAACUAUUAGAAAGGUGCUGGCUGACGGAUACCUGAUGAUUGGAAUUGAUGGCUCUGAAGCAGCAGACGGAUCUGACUGGUUCUGUUACCACGCAACCUCCCCUUCUAUCUUCCCUGUUGGUUUCUGUGAAAUUAACAUGAUUGAACUUACUCCACCCAGAGGUUACACAAAGCUUCCUUUUAAAUGGUUUGACUACCUCAGGGAAACCGGCUCCGUGGCAGCGCCAGUGAAACUGUUUAAUAAGGAUGUUCCAAAUCACGGAUUUCGUGUAGGAAUGAAAUUAGAAGCAGUAGAUCUCAUGGAGCCACGUUUAAUAUGUGUAGCCACAGUAACGCGAAUUAUUCAUCGUCUCUUGAGGAUACAUUUUGACGGAUGGGAAGAAGAGUACGAUCAGUGGGUAGACUGUGAGUCCCCUGACCUCUAUCCUGUUGGGUGGUGUCAGUUAACUGGAUACCAGCUGCAGCCUCCGGCAUCACAGUCAUCAAGAGAAAGUCAGUCAGCUUCAUCAAAACAGAAGAAAAAGGCGAAGUCCCAGCAAUACAAAGGACAUAAGAAAAAGAGGAAGAUGCCAGUUGGGAAGAAGCCUGUCAGUUUGUCGAGCCUGCCCAUGACAGGUGCGGUGCGGAGGAGCCUCUCUGGGGCCGAAGAGUUGACUCCUCCUCCAUACCGAGCCCUGCCGGCACAGACAGCCCCGGAGGCCCUCCCGCCUCCCAGCACUAGCCGAGAGUUCAGGCCCAGCCUCAAAACAGUGACCACAUUGCAGCUGAAGGAGGAGCUGCUGGACGGUGAGGACUACACCUUUCUCCAGGGAGCGUCAGAUCAGGAAAGCAAUGGCUCCGCCAACUUCUACAUCAAGCAGGAGCCCUGAGCCGGCUCCAGAACUGAGGGUGGGCGGGCGGGCAGGGAGGCUUUUACACAGAACUGAUUUAUAACCAAUCCAGCUGUGCAGCAGGCUACUCUACUGGGACAUUUUGCUAAACAGAAAAUUUCAGUUCCAGAUUUUUCAGGUGGGUGGGAAACUAUUUUAGUCUGGGAGGGGGAAAUUUUUCAAUUUAUAAAGAUGGACAAUUUUUGUGUUGUAUUUGAAGCUUUUGAAAGAAUUUUGUAAUAUUUUCCAAGUUUGGAUUUAUGUGCAUUGUUAACAAGAACUGAAAUUCUAACUUUUUUGGUAAGAUUAAAGCUUAGGUAGCAGGAUUGAAGGAAAUGAUUUAAGAAGGAUAUAAUUGUAAAUGCAAAUGAACUGUCAUAAACAUGAACCUUUUUUGGUACCUGUUGGGAGACUCAGAUUUUAGAAGUUAGGCCAGUGACACUUCCUACAGCUUCCCCUGCCGCAGAAAUAGGCAGCAGGCCUUCAGGAGGGCCCAGCGCCAUCGAGGUUGCGACAGGGGCGUCACGCUGCUCGCUGGCGUUUUAUUAUAGCCCAUUUUAAAUGUUUGUACAGAAAUGUUUUUCAUUCUGUGAAAAUUUAUUUGGAGUUCUGUAUGAAACUGGAAGAACUCUGGAUACUUUUAUAUGUUCUCUUUGAGGUCAGAAAUGAUCAAAAUGAUCCUAACACUAAAGUGUUAAACUGGAAUGGUUGGCAAGACACAUAGGCUCUCAAUCUCCACGGCACAGGGUGGGAGGAUGCAGUAUAGUCCUGAGUUUAUCUUCCUUGCUUAAAAAAAAUACAGCCCCGGUAGGGAUCCAGUCAGUUCUUGGCCAUUUCCCCCACCCUGAGAGGCAGUAACUGCGCAUGGCCAUACCCUGAAACAGAUGUUCAGUGUCGCCAGGAGAAUCCAAGUCAGUUACUCAAAGCCAGAAAACCUCAGAUUUCAAAAUCAUUCCAGCUCCACUUCUAGCUGUCCUGGAUUUGUUAGAAAACAAAACUGAAAGAGGACUUCAUUUUUCUUAAAAUUCCAUAUACAUGGUUUUUGUCAUCAAAAUAUACAAGUAAUAAUUGAUUUGGACCACUACAAACAUUCCCUUUUUAAAAUUCACGUGGCUUCCUUUAAAAAAUAGGAUACAAGGGUAAAUGGAAGAAAGGUUUGCUCUCUGCUUUCUAGCUGUCUCCCGAGCUGUGACUGAAUGAGAGCUCUAGCGUUUACCAGUGAGGUUCAUAACUAAACUCUCAGGAAUUCACUCAUCUGUCGUAGAAGUGCUCCUGGGUCUUAGCCGGGCCUCUGCAGAGUGCUGACCGUGGCCAUCUCCUCUGGAAUAUAGGCGGGGCGGCCAGGAGUUAACCAGAGCAGUUAACCUCUGGGUCCUUGGCCUAUGGAAUGCUUUAAACAAUGGAAAGCCCCAGGAGACCAUUUUAGGUAAGAUUUUUUGUUUGAAUUUUAAAAUGCAUAGAACGUUUAAAAAAACCAGCAAUUUAUUUUCUAAAAUAUUGCUCUACUUUUGGGAAUAAUAGCAUUGGUAAUACGCACAGGUUUACCUCAUUCUAUGCAAGAGGGGUUAAUAACAUAAGGUUUUGUAGUAGCUACUGGAAGUAAAUGUGUUACUUUAUAGUGUAAGAAUUUAUGAAAUCGCAGUCACCGUUUCUCACACUGACUCUUUGAGGGCAGAAACGCGAUCACAUCAACGCACGUUGAUUCUCAUGUGUCAAAUAUAUGUGAAUUCAGCUGUUAAAUUACUGGAUAUUUAUCUUAAACAGCAUUGCCGAGAGGGACCUACUGUCCGUGUGACAUCCUCACGCUUCCCAGACCCUAACCUUCCCAGACCUUAGCUGGGGAAGGCGCGGGUGGAGGGUGCAGCCGUCCUCCUCCUCCUCCUCCUCGGCCCUGCAGGAGCCGGGGCCAAGAAGCCCGGGAUUAGCCUGUGAACCACUGCUUUGUAGCCAGUCUCACAAGCGUCCAAGCCGACCACGAGGCCAGGCUCGGCAUUCUGGGACCCCGCUACUGCUGCAGUUGGCAGGGCAGGGCCAGGCAAGGCAGCCCGGGCUCCUCUGCAGGACCACGCCGUGGGGACUCUUAGCCAUAACCCACCCCAUGGACCCCCACAGCUCAGCGGCCCUUCCUCUUCAAGGUUCAGGAUGCACUGCUGACCUUGAGUUUGUAUUUUGUUCCUUGUUUCCCUGUUAGGAUUACUUGGGGACUUAGGUAGUUUAAACUUUCACAUUUUCCUUGCUGUGUACGAGGAUUAAGCUAAAGCUGUUAUCAACUUCUUACUCUACGGAUACUAACACGGGUUUUCAGUGUUUGUUUGUUUUAUUAUUAAUUUUGCGUGAUGUGAAUACCCUUUCCCAUCAAUAUUUGUAUUAUGGUGCUAUAUAUUUGGUAAUGAUCUUUUAAUAUUGGGAAGGAAUUUUAAAAUACUGUGAUUAAACUGGGUUUCCUCUUUGAUUUUCAUAUUUUAAAUAAAGCCACAGUCAUUUAUACAAAGGGUAAGCAUCUGUCCCUGGGCAAAUCUUUUGAGGACAGAGGUCAAAGUAAACUGUAUAAGGUUUUUACAUCAUUUCUGUAUGUACUUGAUAUAUAGAUCAAUAUCUGUACAAAUUUAAUCUUUUAUUUUCUGGUAACGUGAUCAUUGAGAAAGUGUUUGAAACUUUCUCAUAAAGUGUAUAUAAUGGCGUGAAAAAUUCCUUGAGAGAAAUUUAUGUUCCUUUCAUUUUUACCAAACUGCAAAUUUUCAGCAUGGAUGUGAAAAGCAUUAAAAUUAUAACUUUGUGUACAAGAUGAAAAUAAUUCACUAAAUUUGCCCUUUUUUACACAAAAUAAAAUGAAAAGCUCUA